AUGACUGUCGGUGGGAGCCCCGGGGCGCUGGGCACGGUGCUGCUGCUGUUGCUCGCCCUACGCGCCCGCGCUGUGCCCGAGCCCGAGGCGGUGCCCGAGGGAGCCUCCACCCUGGCCUUCGUCUUCGAUGUGACCGGCUCCAUGUACGACGACUUGGUGCAAGUUAUCGAGGGCGCAUCCAAGAUCCUGGAGACAUCAUUGAAGAGACCCAAGCGGCCCCUGUACAACUUUGCGCUGGUGCCUUUCCACGACCCCGAAAUUGGUCCAGUGACAAUAACCACAGAUCCCAAGAAAUUUCAAUUUGAACUUAGGGAACUUUAUGUUCAGGGUGGUGGAGACUGUCCAGAGAUGAGCAUUGGGGCAAUAAAGAUUGCUCUAGAAAUUUCCCUGCCUGGCUCUUUCAUCUAUGUAUUUACUGAUGCCCGAUCCAAGGAUUACAGACUGACCCAUGAAGUGCUUCAACUCAUCCAACAGAAACAGUCACAGGUGGUAUUUGUGCUGACAGGAGACUGUGAUGACAGGGAUCAUAUUGGUUACAAGGUCUAUGAAGAAAUUGCCUCAACAAGUUCUGGUCAAGUUUUUCACUUGGACAAAAAACAAGUUAAUGAGGUGUUAAAAUGGGUUGAAGAAGCAGUUCAAGCCUCCAAAGUGCAUCUCUUGUCUACAGACCAUCUGUCCAUGGCUGUAAAUACUUGGCAGAUCCCUUUUGAUCCCAGUCUGAAGGAAGUUACAGUGUCCUUGAGUGGUCCUUCACCAGCAAUGGAGAUUCAUAAUCCUCUAGGCAAGCAGCUCAGUAAGGGAUCAGGACUGAAUGAAUUGCUAAAUAUCCACAACUCUGCAAAGGUAGUAAAUGUCAAAGAUCCAGAGCCUGGAACAUGGACAAUUAAGACGUCGAGCAGCGGGAGGCACUCUGUGCGCAUCACAGGGCUCAGCACCAUUGACUUCCGGGCUGGCUUCUCCAGGAAGCCCACCUUAGACUUUAAAAAAACAUCCAGCAGGCCAGUGCAAGGGAUUCCUACCUUCAUGCUGCUGAAUACCACAGGGAUCCUGCUUCCAGCUAGAGUAGACCGACUGGAACUUCUGAGUAUUACAGGGGAACUCCUUAAGACCUUGCCUGUGAAAUACUAUCCUGACAGAAAGCCCUAUGGACUAUGGAAUAUUUCUGACUUCAUUCCACCAGAUGAAGCUUUUUUUGUUAAAAUAACGGGCUAUGACAAGGAUGAUUACCUUUUUCAGAGAGUUUCAAGUGUCUCAUUUUCUAGUAUUACUCCUGAUGCCCCCAAAGUUACAAUGCCCGUGAAGACUCCAGGAUAUUAUUUACAGCCAGGCUCUGUUCCUUGUCAUGUUGAAAGCCUUAUACCUUUUACUCAGCGUUUUACUAAAAAUGGAGUAAAACUGGGAGUGGAUCAGUUCUUCAAAGAAUCAUCCAGCAUGAGCUGGGACAUUGCCCAGGUGUCUGUGUCCGACGAGGGCUUUUAUGAGUGCGUGGCCACCAGCACGGCGGGGACAGGACGCGCGCAGACCUUCCUCGAUGUGUCAGAGCCGCCGCCCGUGCUGCAGGUGCCCGCGAACGUGACGGUGCUGCCCGGGGCCGGCGCCGUGCUCAGCUGCCUGGUGCUGAGCGCCGGCCGCUACAACCUGACGUGGCAGCGGCACGGCCGCGAUGCUCGCCGGCUGGACCCGCUGCGCCUGCGGCUGCUGCCCAACCAGUCCCUGGAGCUGAGGCCGGCCCGGCUGUCGGAUGAAGGCAGCUACAGCUGCACUGCUGCCAACGAGGGCGGCUCCGCCACGGCUUCCGUCUUCCUCACCGUGCAAGAACCUCCAAGGCUUGUAAUUUCACCCAAGAACCAGACUUUUACAGAAGAUUCUGAAGUGUCCAUCAGGUGUUCUGCCACGGGUUACCCAAAGCCAACAAUUGUGUGGACACUCAACGAUAUGUUUAUCAUGGGCUCCAGCAGGUACAGAAUGACCCCAGAAGGCACCUUAAUCAUAAGAAAGGCAAUUCCCAGAGAUGCAGGAAUUUAUGGCUGUUUGGCAAGUAACUCAGCUGGGACAGAGAAAGAGACAUCCAUCCUCACAUACAUCGAGGAGCCAACAUUGACUGUAGUUCAGAGUGAAAUUCUGGUUGGUCUUGGAGACACGACUGUUAUGGAGUGUAAAACUACUGGAAUCCCACCCCCUCAAGUGAAAUGGUUUAAAGGUGACUUAGAGUUGAGGCCAUCAGCAUUUCUCAUUAUUGAUAUUCACCGGGGUCUUUUGAAGAUCCAGGAAACACAAGACCUGGAUGCUGGUGACUAUCAGUGCGUGGCCACCAACGAGGCAGGGAGGGCUGCUGGCCACAUAACUCUGGAUGUUGGCUCUCCGCCCGUUUUCACCCAGGAGCCGGGUGACGAAUCCGCGGAUCUGGGCUCCAACGUGACACUGCCAUGCUACGUGCAGGGCUACCCGGAGCCCAGGGUCACAUGGAGGAGGCUGGAUGGGGCUCCCCUCUUCUCCCGACCCUCCACACUCAGCUCCAGCAGCCAGCUCAGGACAGGCGCACUGGCCAUCCACAAUCUGUGGGUCAGUGAUGAAGGGACCUAUGUGUGUGAAGCUGAGAACCAGUUUGGAAGGAUUCAGUCCCGGCCAGCCACGGUCACCGUGACAGGGCUGGUCACUCCUCGGAUUGGAGCAAGCCCUGCCACAGCCAAUGUCAUUGAGGGCCAGCAGCUCACUUUGCCUUGUGUUCUGCUUGCUGGGAACCCCAUUCCAGACAGGAGGUGGAUUAAAAACAAUGUGGUGCUGCUUCCCAAUCCGUACGUGAGCGUGCGCAGCGACGGGAGCCUGCACCUGGAGCGGGUUCGGCUGCAGGACGGCGGGGAUUACACCUGCAUGGCCAGCAGCGUGGCGGGCACCAGCAACAGCACCACCACUGUCCACGUGUUCGUCCUGCCUGUCAUUCAUCAUGGACAGCAGAUAUUCAGCACCAUUGAAGGAAUCCCAGUGACACUGCCCUGCAAAGCGAGUGGAGUUCCCAAGCCAUCCAUUGUCUGGUCCAAGAAAGGAGAGGUAAUCCUUCCCAGCAACGUGAGGUUCUCAGCAGGGUCAGAUGGAAGCCUGUAUGUGGUGUCCCCAGGGGGAGAAGAGAGUGGGGAAUACGUGUGCACUGCCACCAACGCUGCUGGCUAUGCCACCAGGAAGGUGCAGCUGACUGUCUAUGUGAAACCUAGAGUGUCCAGGCCUGGAGAGCAGCAAGGAAAUGCAGAUGAUAAGCCCAUAGAGGUCUCAGUAACUGCAGGGGAAGAUGUCACACUUCCAUGUGAAGUGAGGAGCUUGCCACCCCCCAUAAUUACCUGGGCCAAAGACAUGCAGCUCAUAUCUCCAUUCUCUCCAAGACACACUUUGCUCCCCUCAGGGUCAAUGAAGAUCAGGGAGACCCAAGUGUCAGACAGUGGAAUGUAUAUCUGUGUCGCCACAAACAUUGCUGGGAACGUGACUCAGUCAGUGAAGCUCAGUGUACAUGGUGAGUUGGAGCUCCAGGCUUCAUUGUCUGCAAAUUUCCACGUGGAACUGAGCCUCUUUAAGAGUUUUUCAAAGUUUUUUUCCUAAAUGACCUUAAAUCCUCUCAACUGCUGUUCUUUCAGGUUGCAUUAUCUUCAUAUGUGACUUAUUUAUUUUGUGGAAAGGAAAUAUUGUAUAAACACCCACAAAUACAUAGAUAUGUGUAAAGGUGUCCAGUGGCUCCAGCCAGGACCUGUCCCUCUCCA